UAUUGAGCAGCGCAUACUGUAAAAAUGUGCGCUUCAAUCUGAAGGAUGUUCGGACGAGGGAAAGGUGGGCUAUCGAAACCUAAGAAGGUCCAUUCUCUUGAGAAUUUAAAGUAUCUUCACUCCGUGUUACAAAAGAAUCGUGUUGUUAAUGAACAAAACUAUGGGACACUAGUUGAAGCUCUUCGUUUAAUUGCAGAAAUUCUAAUCUGGGGUGAUCAAAAUGAUAGUUCAGUCAUGGACUUCUUCCUUGAGAAGAAUAUUUUGGAAUACUUUUUACAGUAUCUGAAACAAGAUUUAAGUCGGAAAAUUUGUGUUCAGUUAUUACAAACAUUAAAUAUUUUAUUCGAAAAUAUAACAAAUCAAACAGCUAUCUAUUACCUUUUGUCAAAUAAUCAUACAAAUUCUAUUAUUACGCAUCGUUUUGAUUUUACGGACGAAGAGGUGAUGGCUUAUUAUAUUUCCUUUCUAAAAAUAUUAUCCUUUCGUCUUAACAUAAAUACUAUCAGUUUUUUCUACAUUGAGUCUCGUCGAGAGUUUGAUUUAUAUGUUGAGGCUAUUAAAUUGUUCGCUCAUCCAGAAGGUAUGGUUCGGAUUGCUGUACGUACUAUCACUCUAAAUGUACAUAAAGUUAAAGAUGAAGCUGCUUUGGAGUUUAUUCACCAUCAGACUUCAUUAAUUUAUUUCUCACAUCUUGUGUGGUCAAUCGGCAAUACAAUAUUGGAUAUUGAUUGUCAUAACAGAUGCCAAACUAAAUUGAAGGAUUUAGUCGCAGAACAUAUUGAUCAUUUGCAUUACAUUGAUGAUUUACUGUCACUGGGUAUAGAAGGUUUAAAUGAAGUACUUUGUGAUCAGUUAUUGAGAAGAUUAUUUAUGCCACUACAUAUCUACUCAUUAUUUAAACAAUACAAAUCGGAUGCAACAACAAAUCUAGGAACAGUCCGUAGACCUCGUCUAUCCUAUUCAGUGACAGUGUUUACACUCAUUCAUGUCUAUUUGUUUCUGCAUGAUACUCGAUUAAUUUGUUUACUUACGGAAGCUAUUCUAAUUGGUAAUAUCACAUUGCCUGGUUUAAUAAUACCUUGUAAUAUACCAUGUUCUCAUUCACAAAUUGUUUCCGAUGAUUCCACAACUCAGGAUUGUUCUUUAAGUGUACAGAAUAAUUUAAAUUACGAUGACAUUGAUGAUACCACAUGUGGUGGUGGUGGUGGUGUUGAUCCAGCAAUGGUCAUUGCUAAAACAUUAAUUGCUGCCACUAUGUCUUUACGAGCUGCGGAUCAAGCAUCGCCUGGACAAAGAUUAACUGCUUAUUUAAUGCAUUCAGUGACAUCGAAAAAUCCAUUGAUAUUUUCUCAACCUAGUGUAUCAUUAGAACAUGGAUUAAUUCAAGCGAAGGGUGUAACACCAACGUUAAUGUCUAUUCUAUGGCCACUCAAUAUGCCUCCGCUAAAACUGGUAGAUAAGAAUUCAGAAACUUGUGUCCAGUCAUCUAGUUCCUCAAAUCUACAGGAAAAAUGCUCAUCUAAUUCAUUAUCAGACGAUUCACAAAGUCACUCGCCUAACAACAACAACAAUACAGGUUUAUGUAUGGACGCAUCGUUUACUGAAAAAUCUCCAGUUCAAAUUGAAGAUUCAUCACUUAAUUUAUCAGGCGUUUCAACACAAGAUGAUCAAACAGUCGAUGCUGACUUAUCUGAUUUAUCUGGUCGUGUUUUCCUAAGAUCUUUAUUUCGUUCUUUGGAAAUCGGUUCCGGUUCAGAUCAAGAUGCUUUAUUCUCUAUUCUCCUGUUGUUUGCUAUCAAGUCAAAUAAAGGUGUUGAUUCUCCCACUUUGAAACUUGCUCAAUUAAACAGUCCUUACAUUGAAAAUGAACCGUCGUAUAAUUAUACACUUGUCACGAAGCUUAUUGAAUUAAUUGGUGACGCAUGUAAAGCUGAAAGUCGUAUUCGUCUAAUCACUGUUCGCAUGGCUGUUUGUCUGCUAACAGAUUUAGUAUAUAGCGUCGAUUGUGGUUGUCAAUUAACCGAUCAACACUUCGCUGGAAUUAUUAAUGCUCGUGAAGAAGCGAUGCUUGUAUUAAGGAGUUAUUUCGAGAUUAGUGCAAUAUUUCUUGAUCUGUUUGAAAAUGAGUUGCGUCGUGUUCAGUCAGCACUUCCGUCAUUGUCUACAUUGGCUACAGAUGCUCGUCUGUUAUUACAACCAUAUUCAUCAUUCAUGGAGCAAUCAAAUACGGUAACUAAAAAUGCUGCUACUACUAGUACUAUUAGUAGUAUUAGCAGCAGUAGCAGCCUCAAUAAGAUACCAAUGUUGACAUGUAAAGAUAUGGAUUUAAUCUAUCGGUUACCGAAUAAUGAACGUGAACAUGUACAACGUGCAAUCGGAAUCUAUCUUAUUGUACAUAUUUGGCUGGAGAGAAUGCUGUCUUUAAAAGUCAAUGCUAUCCCAUGUCAAGAUGUUGUCGUCAGUACGGAUAACAGUGGUGUAUCAGUUAAUAAUUCGAAGAUAUUCUCAAACAAUUUUUUCUCCAAUCUUAUCGGAAUACCUGGAUUAGGCGGAUUUUGUAAUAUACCAGAUCCUAAAACAACUACACCUGUAUUAAAGAUAGGAGAUAGAUUAGAUCUAUUCUCUGAAACAUUGAUUGGAUGUACAGUGGAAUGUUCUGGCAUUCAUGAAAAACGUUUUAUAGUCAGUUGUGGUCAACAGUUGGUUCUGGUAAAACCUGAUUCAAAGCAACUUGGUUGGGGUGUCAUAACAUUUAUCGGGCCAUUACAAGAUUUGGAGUCUCAUUGUGAUCCGGCUGAUAGUCGUUGUCUUCACGUGACCAUUCAUGCACCUGGUCAUUUAACAUAUCAAAAUUCUAGUCCUGGCCGAUUAGCCAGCAACACUAAUAGUAAUAAUAAAUCGCCGAUUAUGGUUGCAAAGUUCCUUUUUGAAGAUCAUAUACGUUGUAUGACAGCUCGGCAAUUAUUAUCCCGUGGUAAAACAGUUGUUGAACAGACAAAACUACGAAAGAUCGCAUCUUUACUCGAUUUUCCGCCACAAUUUAUACGUGAAAAGUUUUUAGCUAACAAUCCAACAAGUACUGGUUAUAAUAGUGGUAUUGUUGGUAGUAAAAGUUACAUGUGUAAUAGCCAGCACACAAUGAUUGUCAAUAAUCGUUUCGACUCGGCAAAUCCACGUGGUGUGCAUUCCAGCAGUCAUAGUAGUAUUAGCACCGGCAGUAGUGGUAAACAAAUCAGUUCCAAUGUAAUGACUGAAACGACAACAACUGAACAGUCUCCGUCUGUGCAAAUAAGAAAGCUUAUUCAUGACAAUAACAACAAUAAUAUCAAUCGUGAUUGUCACAGUAAGACUGGUGAAAGUGUACGUUCAGUUGAUCCGCAGAAUAAUGUGAAUACACUUGGUUGUUCACAUGGGACUGAUGCAUCGUCGUCAUCAACGGCGGUCCCAUUAGUUUGUUUAGCUAAUUUAAAUACUUCAACUACAACAACAGGAUCGUCGACUGCAUCAACAAUGAUUCUUGAUAAAUCAAUUGUAAAAUCUAAUCCACCAUCGUAUCCCACUAUAGUUAAACCAUCGAACAGUAGAGUAGUGAAUCAACCAGAAAUUUCUCAAUUGACCUUAUUGUUUCCUGUUCACAAAGCAGUAGGUGAUGAAAAGAGAAUAAAUGAGACGAAACAGCAGCAGCAGCAGCAACGGCAACAUGAAGAUCAGGAGGAGGGCGAGGAGGAGGAGGAGACUGACAGUGAAAAGAAAAAACUUAUCAAUUUAUCUAAAGAAUUCUCUAAUUUAAAAUCAACCAUGUUCAUAAAUGACGAUUUAAGGGAAAAUAAACAAACGGAACACAAUCGCUUAGCUUCUAAAUCUAAACAGUUAAACUAUUCACCACCAAGUAAUAUUUCCGAUGUGUAAAAAGUGAGAGGCAGGAAGAAUAGAAAACUAAGAAAAAUUUGUUUUAUUACGAUGAUUAUUGUUAUAACAUUUUGUAAAUACUCGUUUAAUAUUGAAUGAACGCAGCAAAAGAAAGAUGAUGAAUACAAUGCAUCUCCUCUAUCUACGUAAAGGUACUAUUUUUACUAAACAAAAUAAUUUACUUAACCUACUUGAAAGUUGUUUAUAUCUUUCAAGUUCCUGUCUUUCAGUAAUUUAUUUAUUCUUUUCUGUUCAAAUUUCCCUUCUUUGCUCUCAGAUGAACAUAAUAGAAAACAAGUGACUGAUGAAACACGUAUGCUCGUGUUUUUUUUUUAAUGCAUAUGUGUAUAGCCUACUAUCAUUACCGAUAAGUAGUAGUAGUAGUAGUAGUAAUACUAAUAUGUUGUAUUGGUCUUCUUUGAGAUAAACAGAGACAGUUACAUUCAUUAUUAUUUGUUUUGAAUGAAAUUAAGAUUAUUAUUUUAGAAAAGAAAAAAUUCAUGUUUAUAUCAUGUUUAGAUGUUUGUAAUAUUUUUGUUAUGACUUACACCAGUAAUAAUUACUAAUCAUUAUAUAUUUUCCUCUUUCCAUCUAUUCAAAUGAUAAUUUUGAUUUGGUAGAGAGAAAAAUGAAAAGAGUUUUCAAGCAUAUUUCUUGUGUUGUCAGCAUAGAAUUUGAAUGAAAAUUCUUUCUCCCCAAAAGUGUAAUUUACGUGAAUCGUCCUGAUUUAAAAAGAAAAGAUUCAUAAUAAACAAUAAGAAUGAGUUUUAUCUUAUGA